AUGCCAGUUGGUCAUAGGAUGAAACACGUUGCCGAUUGCGAACGCGCUCAGGUGGAGGGAGGGCGUAUGACUCUAACACUUGGGUUAGCAGGUCUUUUGAUUGUGACUAUCAAUGGCACCGGCGCCAGUGCAGCUUUUCAACUGGGCCAAAGGGAGACGCCUGAUGAAAGGAGGGCUAGGUGCCAAAUCGACACGGUCCAUCGUGAAGAAUCUAGGGAAAUUGGCGUCCUCGUGUACCAAAGGCCAAUCCGACUGGGAAAAACUUAUUUUGGAGGAGCGUGCCAUGGUUUCCAGGCCUCCGAAAUCGUGAAUCGUCAGGAACCACCACGAGGGCAUUAUCCGGCUGGAGCGUAUGUCAGCUCCAAUCGUGUGACCCCAGAUUUCUUUAGCAAGAGCGACGAAAGGCACCGCAAAGAACAAAUCACGACCGGAAUGAGCUUUCUUCAUUCACUCAUCCACCAAAAGCUCACGGUUGGUCUGAAGAAACCAGACACUGAUCAUAUUGAAGAUGAUGAAUCGAACCUUCCCGCGGAAAGAGGUCCUGAGGCUUCUAGCGAAUCUUUGAUGGCUCGUGACGGAAGCGAUCCAAUCCUGGAUACUGUGGAUGAUGCUGCCAUUAUGUCGUUGGAGAACCUGGUUUUUCUAAACCCGACUCCGGCGGAACAAGCUGCCCACAAACUGGACACGAUCCCCAUCAUGAUUUGUGCUAUGAUUGCAAAUGCAUGUAACCGCCGGUGUAAUGCAAUCCCGCUCGCGAAUGGAUUGAUGACGUUGGCCGGCGGAGUUUCAUGUCGCGUAAACGAGUGGCUCCAAGCUUUCAGUAUGACGAUUUCCAGGCCUUCGAUCCUCAAGGCGUUAGAUCACCUUAGCUGUUUACAAGAAAAACGUAUGAUGGAACUGUUUAAAAUAGGGGUAAAUCCCAAAAAAUAUGCUGAAGAGCUUUUGGUUGCCGCUGGUGACGUCGGGUCAAACCAACUCCUCGAAAGUCUCAGGGUCAAGCGAUUCCCUCCCGUCAAUGGAAUGGAAGGAUUAGAGUGGGUCCUUUCGGUUUUCGGAGGGGCCCACACCACUUGGAACUUUUCCAAAGCAAUAUGGUCUCUCCAUUGGGGGAAUGCCGACAACGGCAAUGAUACCGGCACAUGGAGGUCUUCAUUUGCCAUUGGGGGCGAAUAUAAAAAACCAGAGGCGGCGCAAAGUUUCAAUGCCAUCAUGCGUUCCAUGCAGAUGGUCCAUAAGGCAAACCUACUCUUUAUUAUCACGUCAGUUUAUUCCCGCGUUAUGCUUAACGAUGUUGGGACUUAUCUCAUUGGCCCAGGCCACGGCAGCCAGGUCAUCAAGUCUAACAAACAGCUCGACUUGACCAAAACCUCCGACGUCGAAAACCUUUUGGACCUAGUUUGGAGUGACUAUUUUGACGUUUCGGCUUUAGAACAUGCCAGGACUGAAUGCCCAUUGGUUGGCCUUAGACGAGUUCCUAGAGGUGAACAUUUUCUGGUUAAAGCAGGUCUUUGGCAACACGGGACAUGGUACCGACAUUGA